AUGUCUCGCCGCUACGAUUCCCGAACAACCAUCUUCUCACCAGAGGGUCGCCUGUACCAGGUCGAAUAUGCGCUAGAGGCCAUCUCACACGCCGGUACCGCCAUUGGUAUCCUGGCCAAGGAUGGUAUCGUCCUGGCCGCCGAGCGAAAGGUCACCUCGAAGCUGUUGGAGCAGGACACUUCGGCCGAGAAGCUCUACAUCCUGAACGACAACAUGAUCUGCGCUGUUGCUGGAAUGACCGCCGAUGCCAACAUCCUCAUCAACUAUGCUCGACAAGCCGCCCAGCGAUACCUCCUCACUUACAAUGAAGACAUCCCCUGUGAGCAGCUCGUUCGCCGACUCUGUGAUCUCAAGCAGGGCUACACUCAGCACGGUGGUCUGCGACCCUUCGGUGUGUCCUUCAUCUAUGCGGGGUGGGACCCUCGAAGACAGUUCCAGCUCUACCUAAGCAACCCCUCGGGCAACUACGGUGGCUGGAAGGCCACAAGCGCGGGUGCCAACAAUGCUAGCGCACAGAGCUUGUUGAAGCAGGAUUACAAGGAGGAUUGUACCCUGAAGGAAGCUUGCGGUAUGGCCGUCAAGGUCCUGAGCAAGACCAUGGAUUCUACCAAGCUCAGCAGCGAGAAGAUCGAGUUUGCGACAGUAGGACAGACCGAGGACGGCAAGAUCUACCACCGGCUGUGGAGCGCCGACGAGAUCACGGCGCUGUUGAAGGAGCACGAUCUGGCAAAGAGCGAGGAAACCGAGGAAAAGUAG